UGCAACUCGCACUGUGGGUAAAAAUUUUGCAUCUGGGUACGUCCAAAAUUUUUAGCUGAUCAGGAUUCGCAACUGGUGACUGCAUUAUAUUACCCAAUUAAGGGCCGAUCUUUUCACCUCUGAGUAAAGAGUAACAUGAAGGUCUACAAUAAAUGAAAAAGCAUUUACCAUUUUUAACCACAGGGCAAAGUAUACAUCCUCUUUCUCUUAUGUAUGCGGGAAUCUGUUAACGAUCUAGAUUUCCUUUCGGCUUGUUUGUUACUCGGUUGAUUCAAAUAGCUUGGAUGAGCAGUACUUUCAUCUUUCAAUGUCUGUAAAUCACAAUGCGAAGUCAAUGAAGCCAAAAGUUCACUCUCACUUUCAGGCUGGACAAAUUCAGGUUUUUGCUUGAUAUCAUUGACGCCUACGCAUGAAUCAGCCAUUUUACGUUCAUUUUUAAUACGUAUAGGGGUAUUUUGCAAGUAUUCGUAUUAACAUUCGCGGGUUUUUAUUAACAAAUCCGAACGUUGUUCAAGUUUAGGCUCUUCACAUUCGAUUUAUUGUUUUAUUUAAUGGAUUUCAUCAACAUGUAGUUCGGAAGGUUCUUGUUUUACAUCCAUCGUUUAAGAGAAGCUCAAACCAAAAACCAAAAUAUAAAUAAUUAAAUUAACAAAAAUAAACAUAGGAUACAUGAGUGUUCGUACUGUUAACAAAAAAUGAUAAUUGACAUUGACAGUAGGGAAGGGCGAUACGGUACGAUAUUUUCAAGUAUCGAUACUUUAACCUUAUAUUUUCCGAUUUUGAUAUGACUAAGAGCCGUUUGCACCGAUAUACAUUUAAACCUAGUUUUGUUAAGUCGGCCUAAAUAUUUAAACUUGGCUUUAUUUUUAUCGAGUUGAACCGUCAAUUUUUAAUUUGGCUUUGUUAAGCGGUAACAAUAGAACUAGUGUGACACUUGUAGGUCCAAUGAUCACUUUUAAUUAUCUUCACGCCGAAAACAUAACCUAACUUCUAUGUUUCCAUUUAUUUUAUAUCUGAUUCUAAUUUGAGUAUUGCCGUGUUAUUCGAGCUGUUUUUUUAUAGUAAUGGAAGGAAAAAGGAAACGCAGUACAAAUUUUUCUCAUGCGGAACAAUCAAUUCUAUUAAAUAUCAUUUCAAAAUAUAAAAAUACAAUUGAAAAUAAAAAAACAGACAGUGUUUCGGUUAAAGAACAUGGGAAAAAAUACAGGAAGAGUUUAAUGCUUUAGCACCAAACCAUUCCUACAGAGCAGGCGUAAUGCUAAAGAAAUUUUACGAAAAUAAAAAAAAUGUACGUAAAGUGGCGGCUCUGGAAAAAACUGAGGUAAUUAAAACGGGUGGUAGCCCACCAUCCAAUAUUAAAAAAGACUCAAACCAUGAUUUAAUAUUGGGCCUCAUGAACGUGAAAACAGUAUACGGGUUAGAUAAUGAAUUUGAUUUUCAUAAUCAGAUUAUUGCAGAACCGGAAGGUCCUGCUGAAAAUGAGAAGGAGUUUGUAUAUGAAUUUGGAAGUAAUGAAUAUUGGACAAUCGAAAAAGAUGACAAUAUGGUUCAAAUACAAACUUCACAGACAGUACAAACGCCCACAAGUAUAACGCAUACUAACGAAAUUCAAAUUCCCAGUUCUUCCCAGACGCUAACACCUACGAGUAUAGCACAUCAUCCUAACAAACAAAAUUAUUCGAAUUUAUUUUUAGGUGCUAAUUCCCAGAUGUUCAUAAACAUUACCAACACCUACAAUACCACAUCACAACAAAAUAAAAAUUCCCAGUUCUUCACAGGCAGAGCCAACUACGAUUAUAACGUGAGGAUUUUUUUAUACAAAUUCUCAGUUCUUCUCGGACAGUACCAACACCUACUAACAAAGAGGCUAAGAAUUGCAGAAAAGACAGAGAAUGAGUUCAAAGAGAAAACUGCAGAACAUUUAAAGAGAAUGGAACUUAGAUUUAGAAAUAGCAAUAAAGAAAAGACAAUUGAAUUUAAAUUGGUUAAGAUUAAUUAG